UCAAAGCCACAUGUUUUUAAAAGUUGUCUUCUGUUGUCCGCUUGCUACGUAGAUUAAAACUGCCCUAAAUAUGCCAAAAUUAAAUAAGAAAAAGAGCAAGAGAAUGUCUUGCCGCAAAAGAUAUAAAAUUAUCAAAAAAGUUGCUGAACAUAAUAGAAAAUUACGCAAAGAAGCGAAAAAAAAUCCCAAAAAGAGAACCCCGAAGGAUCCUGGAGUUCCGAACAGUUUCCCAUUCAAAGAGGAAGUUCUACGCGAAGCUGAACAAAGGAAACAGAGGGCUUUGGAUCUGAAAGAAGCUCAAAAAGCAAGCAGGUUGAAACUGCAAAUGGAGAACAGAGGUCUUAAUGAAUUGGUUGAAGAAGCUAAUCGUAAUGACAUGGCAUUUGAAGAUACUCCACACGCUAUAGAAGAAAAUGAACUAAAAGAAAAUACUCCAAAUUUCAAAUCCUAUUUCAAGGAACUUAAAAAUGUUGUUGAAAACAGUGAUAUCAUAUUGGAAGUGCUUGAUGCUAGGGAUCCUCUUGGAAGCAGAUGUCCCCAAAUAGAAGAGCUAGUUGUUAGCUCAGGUAAGAAACUAGUCUUGGUGCUGAAUAAAAUUGAUUUAAUACCAAGACAGAAUUUAAACGACUGGCUGACAUAUCUCCGUAAAUCAUUGCCCACAGUUGCUUUUAAAGCAUCAACACAAUCUCAGAAUACCAAUCUAUCACGCUCUAAAAUUCCGGCAGUGAAAUUGAAUGAAAGCCUUCAGUCAUCAAGUCCUUGCUUUGGUGCAUCCUUUCUUAUGAAAAUUUUGGGUAAUUAUUGUAGGAAUCAGAAUAUUCAAACCUUUAUCAAGGUUGGUGUUGUGGGUUUUCCAAAUGUUGGAAAGAGUAGUGUUAUAAACAGUUUGAAACGUUGUCGAGCAUGCAAUGUUGGAAGCACUCCAGGUUUAACAAAGGCUGUGCAAGAAAUAUCUCUUGAUAAACAUAUCAAGAUUCUGGAUAGCCCUGGAGUUGUACUUGCUAAAAAUGAUUCGUCGGGAAAUCUGGCUCUUAGAAAUGCUGUGAAAGUAGAAACAUUAAAAGAUGUUAUCACACCUGCUGAAGAAAUUAUAAAACGGGCCAACCAUCAACAAUUAUGUCUUCAUUAUACAAUACCUGAGUUUUCAUCUUCUCAGGAACUUUUUUGCUUAUUAGCCAAAAGAAUGGGAAAAUAUAAGAAAGGCGGAAUUCCAAAUGAAGAAGAAGGUGCCAGGCGGUUGAUAAAUGACUGGAAUCGGGGAGUUAUAAAAUAUUACACACAUCCACCGGAGGAAGAGCAGCAAUCACCAUAUUUAAGUGCAACCAUUGUGUCAGAAUUUGCUAAGGCAUUUGAUAUUUCCUCACUAGAGGAGAAAAUGGAGCUGGAUAAGGCUCCAGAACUCUUCCCGAGCCAAGGAGUACUUGCAAAAUCAUCUGGAACAACCAGUGUUGAUAUUUCAGCGAACGAUGAAGAAGAAAUGGAGCUGGAGCAGCCAGAGAAAAAGGUUACUGUCAAUUUCGAUAAGAAAAAAGAAAAAAAAGGUGUUGAAUCAGAACCAAAGUUUAUUGCGGAAGAAGAGCAACAAAAUAAACUUGUGAAAAAAAAGUUUAAACAGAUGAAGAAGAAACGUAAAAGAGUAAACAAAGCAGCUUCAGCAUUAUCCGACACUUUGGUCAGUGCUUUAACUCUUUGAAAGUCAAAGUUUGUUUCAAUAACAUACAACUACAUUUUCCUUAUUUUAUCAAAAAAAAAAAAAAUGCUAUGAUGAAAUCAAUAUUGACAAUUAUCUAAUUUAUAAGUAAUUUUUUUUAUUGUUGUAAUAAUAUUGUCUAAAAAGUGAGCAAUGUUUCAUGUAGUAUGGUUAUAAAUAAGCAUUCUUAUUUUGAAAUAUGAAUAAUUUAAAUUCAUUAAUUAAAAGUAUGUUGCAAUA